GGCUAACAGUUUCCAUAGCAGCACGGCUAGGGUAAUGUAAAAAUGGAGGAUUCCUCUGCUCUAUGCGGGGCAAAAUAUAAUAAAAUAUAGCACAAAAUUAGCAACACUGCUAUAUCAACACAUUUUCCGAAAUGAUUUCGAGUCUUUAAACACAAUAUACUUUUAUACUGAAUCCGUUUACUCGCGUGCGGAGAUGUUUACAGACGAAACGCUUGAUUUAAUUGGCUCUGAAUCAACAUGGAGAAAAUCGCAUCAACAAACGCAAGACUCAAGAUCCUGUCAAACGAUACCGGUUUACACAACAGAGGCUGAAAUACAAUCCAAAGAUGUUUUAGACAACAGUACCCAAACCGACCCACAGGACCCGAUCAGCCAAACACUCACCCUAGAUCCGUCAGACUUUCCUGGUUUGCUGGACUUCUUGCGUGGAGUUGAGGAUCUGGUUGUAAAAGAACUGGUAAAGAACUCCAAGAGUCACGCUUUUGAUGGAUUUGAAGUCAACUGGGAAGAUCACAAUGAAACUGUCUCGUGCAUGUACCGACUCGUGCAUCCUAAAGCUCAUGAAAGACAUCUGCAGGUCACCAGUGUUUCAUGGAACUGUACUGGAUCUGUCAUAGCCUGUGGAUUUGGCCGGAUGGAUGAUGGUGAUUGGAAUAAUGAGAAGUCUUACGUGUCCAAAUGGAACCUGGACCGUCGUAACGUCAACCCAAAGCGGCCGGACGUGGACAUAGAUGUAGCUACACCUGUCAUGUGUCUGUGUUUCCAUCCUCUGCAACCGUCUGUAAUUGCUGGGGGUCUCUACAAUGGUGAGGUGAUGGUCUGGGACACCAGUCGCACACAGGACCUAAUUUUUGCUCAGACUGGGAUGUCUGCAGACACCCACCGUGAACCAGUUUAUCAGGUUAACUGGGUCCCAGGAUCUCGCCGAGGGGAAUACGUUGUGCUGAGCGCAGGAUCAGGUGGAAGAGUUUUGUUGUGGACUAUGGAUGGAGCUAAAGCCAAGCUCAUCUUAAAUUCUGGAUAUGCCCUUACACAAGAGCAAAUACCACGGAUUGGUACAACAAGCAAGACCAGAGGCAGCACCACCAUAGGAGUGACCUCCCUUGCACUUUCCCCAUGGGAUCUGGAUACAUUUCUGGUGGGUUCAGAAGGAGGUCUGGUGCUCAAAUGCUCUUUCAGCAGUGAGGUAGUGGCACCGGUACCAAAUGAUGGUGAGAGUACGACACUUCGGGCACCAGUGCAAUUCUCUUUCUCACCACGAGGGGGUCCUAUUCACUCACUCCACUACUCACCCUUCCAUAGGAAUCUGUUCAUAAGUGUUGGGACAGAUGGAUUGGCUCAUCUCCACAGUGUUCUUCAGCCCCGCCCCCUUCUGUCUCUGCGGGUAUCAGAUUCGUACGUGUUCGGGGUGAGGUGGUCCCCUACACGUCCGUUAGUCUUUGCUGCUGUGACAGGACAGGGUUUGGUGCAAAUGUUUGAUUUGGGCCGAAGGUCUUUAAAGCCAGCCGCCACAAUUGAUCAAAACACAGGAGGUCAACCGUCUUAUUGCAUUGAGUUCAACCCUAAACAUACAAAUCUGAUGGCAGUGGGCAAUGCGGAUGGAAGCGUCAAUAUAUGGCAGCUUAGUGUGGAGUUGACAGAACAAGGUACCAAAGAGACAACAAUGCUGGACCGGCUGUCAAAUGAAGUGGCUGACUGAGUUUAAGUUUUCAAUAUAUAAAAAAAAAUGCAUUUCAUAAGUUUUAUGUAUUUAAUACAUUUGUUUAUACUCGAAAUAAAAGCACACUGAAAACUCUC